AGUACUGUGCAUCUUACACAGCUAACCUGGUGCUGCCAGACUUUGCCUCCCUGAAUUUCUUCUGUAGUUGUAACUGCUAAAGUUAUUCUCCUUCCCCCCCUCUUCCUCAAAGGACUGAUUUGGGGUUUCUGAAAGAAGAAGGCAGCCCCUUUCCAUGCUGAGGGUGCCCAGCUGUCAGACUCACUAUACAGGCUGAAAAUUGCUUUGAGGGCCUUUCAGGAUAAAAGGUGCAAGAAGGAGGAUGGCUAACAUGCUGAUCAGGAGUUCUCCACUUGCUGCUCUGGCUAACAGAGCUCAUGCAGUUGCUCAAUAUUAUAAACAGGGACGUAUUGCCCAGGAGUAGAGAGGGGGGUUCCCAUUGUAGAUGGCAUUUGUGUCCAGUGAGAACGCCCAUAUGCCACAGACAAUGUUGAAAACUGGGAAGGAUCCAAAGGAACUAUAAGAAUCAUCUGAGGUCUUAAGAGAUCUCAGUGAGGGACUAAAAACACUCACUGCAACCUUACCAAAGAGACAGAUAAGCAGUGACUUGAUCAUAGUCUAUGGGCAUCUACAGGAUGGGGAGUUUUCUGAUCACAGAGAGCUCUUCAGUCUAGCAGACAAAAGCAGAACAAAAUCCAGUGUCUAGAAGCAAUGGCUAGAAACAUUCGGACUGGUGAUAUGGUGCAGUUUCUUAGGCACUGGAGGAACCUGCAAUGCUCUCUUUGCCUGAAAGGAGCUACAUGGUCCAGUUGCCUGUGAGAGCUGGGCGCGAAACCUGGUGACCGACUGGUCCUUUCCAUCCCUGUGCUUCUGAGUCAAGACUGGGCAUCUCUCUCUGAAAACUCGGGUCUGGCUCAGCCAGAAGGUAUGGGCUUGACACAGGCAUUCCUGUGUAAUACCCUUGGGCUGGUGUUUCUAGGAAGUCAGACUAGAUGAUCUUAAUGAUCCCUUUAGAUCUUAUCAGUUAAUAUCUUGAGGGUACCGGAUCCCAUUUGCACUGAGCCUUUGCCUAAGUUCUGGCUGAUUUCAAACAGUUUUGCACAAGUAAAGAUCUGGAAAAGCCUGGUUAAGAAUUUAGGAUUCGACCCACUGUCAUCUGUUGUCCUCAGCCACUCGUGGUUUACAGACGGCUAUCACAUUAUAUGACCUAAGCUGGAACUCGCUUUCAGGUGGAAAAGUGCCUUCAUUUCACUUUCAUGAGCAUGAUGGUCACAUCUGCAAAACAUCUGUGGCUAAAGGAACAAUUAUUGAGCCGUCUAUUGCAGGGGAUAAUAGUCUGGUGCACACAAAACUCCAUUGUGUGAAAAUUACAGUUCUGCACUUGCCACAAAUGCUGAAGUUAUAAUUUCCAUUUGCAACUCCUUCUUGUGCACAGCUUGCUCUGCAGAGGCCCUGGUGUUCCUGCACGGUGGUGGCUGGUUUGAUGUCGAUGGCCUGAUUCCAAGCGUGCAUAUUGCUGAUUCUCCAGUCCUUUUUCUCCCGGGGGUGGGCAGUAUCUUUCUGUGAUUCUGGGUUAGUCCCUGAGCAAACUAAGAGAGAACACCCAUGGCAGCUGUGAGGUCCGGGACAUUGCUCUAUUGAACUGCUGGUCUAUUAAAAUGUUGGGCUAGAGGCUUACUAGCUCCGGGACUUCAACUCUCUUUAAUACUAUGUGGUUGCAAAUAGGAGCUCCCAUAAACCCUUUUAAGCUCUCUGGGGUAUGUUGUGGUACAACCUCCGCUUUGCAGGGGAGUGAAGCAAUAUCAUAUGCAGAAUCUGCCUCUUGGGGAAUGGUACCAUAGACAGGCAUGACCUCACGGUGAUGCAAAGGCAAACCACGCUGAUGUUAUAUGACACCAUUGGAAGCGUUCCUGGAUGCUUCCACUGUUUGACACAGGAUGCACACAUCUUCCGGUGACUCCGUUCUGUGAAAACUGAGCGGGACCAGCCGAAGAGCCGCUUGGAGCUGAGCAAGAAGAACAUGAAGUGGCUGCUGGCAAAUCACAUUUGGCCCCAAGGGCAGGUUUAGGAAGAAGAGAACAUUUCUGAAUUUGAGACUGGCAGAAGUUCUCUCGCAGAUUUGUUUUCAGUCCUGAGUUUUAUUUUAAAGACAUGAACUGUCACCUGCAGUACUGGCUGGGUCGAAUUUGUAACAGUGGACUAGUGCAGGGGACCCGGGAGUGAGCCUGCCCACAGUCCACAAGGGAGUCUGAUCAAGGGAAACCCCAGAACUGGUGAAAAUAGGAAAAAAGUGCGCUAGAUUUCAGCCAAAACUGUUCACCCACCUGACCUGAGCUCCUCUUGCAUUGCUCCCGUAGCAAAGACCCUUGUACAAAUAGGUGGUUUUGAACAUGGCAGGGUACCUAAGGCCAAGGCAUCUCCCGGGCUGGUAGUGGUUUAUACAGCACCAUGGAGAUACAAUCCAAAUGUAGUUCAGUAUUUUAAUCCUCCCUGGGAUGUGUCUCCCUGCACAGCUGACAGGCUGAAGGUCAGGUUUAUACUAGUAGUUAUGGUGAUAAAACAGAUCUUUGUUAUUUUUGUUGUCUUCCCAGCUACCUGCAGAUAAUCUUUCACAUGGACAGCUGAGGAAAGCAUGUUACCUUCCUUAUUCAAUGAAAGAAUGAACCUGGCUCUGAGCAGUUAUUAAAAUGAAGGGAUUUGGGUUUUUUGAGUAGUAAAGAUUUUACGUUCCAGUGUUGCAGAACUGGCUUGGCAUGGUGCAGACGAAGGGCCAAAUCUAGCUUUCCUCGCUCGUCCCCACAAGCUGCCACUGCCUGGCACUCGGUGUCCUCAUUCACAUCUCUUGGACUGGGUUUAUAGUGCAUUGCACCUCGCAUAAGGGACGUGGCAAGAUGCAAAGCAGCGGAGGCUCAGGUGCGUCAGGAGAGGGACUGAUGUGCCUGGGAAUACUUGUGUGAUGAGGAGCUGGCUUUAGCCCUGAGUUACACAAGCCGCUCAAAGCAGAACAUGGAAAAGCAGACGAGGGUUGGGGGAGAGGUUCUGGGGUUGCUGAUCAUGAGAAGAACGGAGGUAGGAUUCUUGGGGAAGUGGAAGUCAGGGCUUGAGAUGGUGGCAGAGGAGGCCCAGAGGUUGUCUGCAGGGGCAGGGGAGAGCUGGUAUGAAGACGGGAGGGAGAGGAGGAGAUAAAAAGCUCUGUCUUAGCAGAUGCAGAGCACCCCCUGCCAGGAGAUGGAGUCAGCGGUGCCUCCCAAGGCCUGGCCAAAGAGGACAGCCUGGGCAGAGCAGGGUGGGGAUAUGCUGCUGCCCUCUUGCCCACACUGGUGCUGGUAUCACUGCAACCGCCUGGGGAGAAGGUAAGAGGAAGCAAUGCGUUCGGACUGCGUGACUUAGCUCUUCUGCAGAAUCCAUGAACUUGCCUUGCUGGCCUGGUGCGGAUGGGCAGAAGCACAGGGAGUUUCCUGUUCCCUGCUUGGAAGAGGGGCCUGGAACAGAGCGGGUGUGAGCCGUUACCAUUGUUUUGAGACCCGUGGGGAGGGAGAAUUGUCAUGUGGCUGGAAGGGGGAAAACAAGAGCAGCCAGAAGAGGGUCAGCCUGGUGAUACCAGUGGGGCUGGGCAUGAGGUCGUGUCCCGGGAGAGGCUUGAACCCGUGCCCCACUAGCCUGGAGGCCUCAGCGCCCACACCUGAGACACGAUGGCUCUGACUCACCAACGCGUGAGUCUGAAAACAGAAACAACCUGGGGAGGCUGGUGGCUGUUUUCCUUUAAGAUUUCUCACCCAUUAUCAUGGCAUGUAAUUUAAACAGAAACACUUUAGAAGUCAACUAAUUAGCACUAUCAGAGGCAUCCCUCCGGAGUUCAGGAAGGAGCAGUGCCCUCCUUUCGGCUCAGCGAUGCUGCCAGAUUGUAGUUCCAGUUGGAGACUGAGACCGGGGCUGCGGCUUUAGAGGAGGCAGGAGGCUUCAUAGCUGCUUUGGGGGGGACACAGGCAGGUGCAUCUCUCAACCCGCUGGGCACGAGAGGAAGCAACACAGACGUUAUAAAGCAGAACCGAUGAACCAGGAGGAAUUCAGGAUGUGGUAAAACUGGAGCUCUGGGACAGAGGGAGCGAGGCACAAGGCAACAAGAAAGGGGAGGCAGUGUCAUCCCAGGUACUGCUCCCAGGCAAACCUACUCCAUCUGGAUACAGAUCCCCCCGCACCGAGGGGGUGUCAAGUGGCAGGGGUGCACCGGCUGGCGUGCGGUUUGUAUUUGUUUGGAUCGGAGCAUGUUGUGGGCGUGAUCCUAGUCUGAAUCUCAUCUUUACACGGAUCGGAAGAGUCUCCCUUUUGUUCCUGUCACACUAUUGCAAAUGGGAAAGGACCGGAGUUUCUCUCGACAUUUUCGGAUCUUCAUCCCCAAGAAGCACCGGCAGCGCUUCGACGAGGUGGUGUCGCAGAGCCUCAUCAGCAAGCUGUGCCGCACCAAGAGCGAGCACCACACCAACCGCCUGCGCCGCAGCCGCAGCGAGGACCACCAGGAGCGCCUGCUGGUGUCCACCCGGGCCAGCUCCGUGCCCCGCAGCCACGAGGAGCUCAGCAAGAGCUUGAGGAAGACCACCUCGCUCAUCACCAGCAAUGUGGCAACCGGGGCUGGCCGCAGAACCGUUCGGGUUUACAAAGGCAACAAGAGCUUUGGCUUCACGUUACGUGGACAUGCCCCAGUGUGGAUUGAAUCCAUUCUGCCUGGGAGCCCGGCUGAGAAGGCUGCUCUCAAGCCUGGAGACCGAAUCCUAUUUCUCAAUGGGUUGGAUAUGAGGAACUGCUCCCAUGACAAGGUGGUGUCCAUGCUGCAGGGCAGUGGAGCGAUGCCUACACUGGUGGUGGAGGAAGGGAUCGUCAAUUUUACUAAUGACUCGGACUCUGGGGACUCCCCGAACCCCUCCUCGGCUCUCACCUCCCUGCAGUGGGUGGCAGAGAUUCUUCCCUCCAGCAUCAAGAUCCAAGGAAGGACCUUCAAUCAGCAGCUGGAACAUCUGCUUACGCCACCCGAGCGCUACACCAUCUGCAAAGCACUGGAGGGCUUCUUCCAGCAUCGGAACAUCGACACGCUCAUUGUGGAUGUGUACCCUGUGCUGGACACGCCAGCCAAGCAGGUCAUUUGGCAGUUCAUCUACCAGCUGCUGACAUACGAAGAGCAGGAGCACUGCCAGCAAAAGAUUGCCAGGUUCCUCGGCUACAAGUCCUUGGCAGCAGAGCCAGAGGCCGAGGAGCGGCACCGGAGCUCGGUGCGAGGCGCCUCUUUAUGUCGGGGAAGCCUUCGAACCCGCGGCCCCGAGGAGAGCAGGAUGGCAGGCCAGAGUGACAUGGGGGAGGUCCCAAUUCGACUGGCUCCUGGAGAGCGGCAAGCGGGUGACGGCACGUCCCUCCCAGAGACGCCCAACCCCAAAAUGAUGUCGGCUGUCUACGCAGAAUUAGAAAACCGCCUGAUCGGCAGCUUUGCAGGAAAGAUGGCCAAUGCAGCUCCACGCAGAACAUCGUCCCCCGUCUCAGACCAAGCAAAUACUGCAGGUGCUCGGAAGUCGGGCAUGACCAUCUCCUGGCAGAAUGACCCUCUGCCCUCGCAGCAGUGCUACUACCACCCGCACGGCAGCCUCCCUUCCCCAAGCAGCACCGAGUCCAACCCCUAUGUCAGCCUGGACAGCAGCCCUGCCCCUUCGCCCAAGCACACGGACUACACGCUCAGCCCCCUGUCUCGCCGCAAGAAGCUCUUCACCUUCUCACGGCCCCCGCGCAGCCGGGACACAGACCGCUUCCUGGAUGCCCUGAGCGAGCAGCUGGGACACAGGGUCACCAUCGUGGAUGAUUUCCUCACGCCGGAGAAUGACUACGAGGAGAUGAGUUUCCAUGACGACCAGGGCAGUUACAUCACCAACGACAUGAGCAGCACUAGCGAGUACAUCAGCAGCAGCGACGAGGGGAGCUCCCUCACCUACUCCACCCUGUCUGAUCACAUCCCCCCGCCCCCACUCAGCCCACCCCCCCCACCACCCCCUCUGCAGUUCCACGACCCCAAACCCGAGGCCACAAAAGGCAACCCCUCGCCUGCCACCAAGCCCCUUGUGAGUCACCUGCACCCUGUCCCUCCCCCGCCCCCACCCCCGCCUCCCCCACCAGUGCCGUGCGUACCCCCCAUGCUGCACCGAGGCCUCAUGCAUCGCCGGAGCGAGUCCAACCACAUGAGCGUCAAGCGGCUGCGGUGGGAGCAGGUGGAGAACUCCGAAGGGACCAUCUGGGGGCAGCUUGGAGAAGACUCCGAUUACGACAAGCUGAGCGAUAUGGUCAAGUACCUCGACCUGGAGCUGCACUUCGGCACUCAGAAGCCUACGAUUUCUCUUCCAGAGCCAGCGCUCAUGCCUGAGUCCUUUAAAAAGAAAGAUGUGGUUGAAAUUUUGUCUCACAAAAAGGCCUACAAUACAUCCAUCCUGAUCGCCCACCUCAAGCUUUCGCACAUUGAGCUGCGCCAGAUCCUCAUGACCAUGGAGAGCGACCGCCUGGAGCCCUCGCACAUCAAGCAGCUGCUGCUGUACGCGCCUGAUGCUGAAGAGGUUCAGCAGUACCAGAGCUACCAGGAGAGCCCCAGCAAGCUGAGUGAGCCCGACCAGUUUGUGCUGCAGAUGCUGUCAGUGCCAGAGUACAAAACCCGGCUCCGCAGCCUUCACUUCAAGACCACGCUGCAGGAGAAGACAGAGGAGAUCAAAGCCAGCUAUGACUGCAUCUGCAAGGCCUCCCUGGAGCUGAAAAGCAGCAAGAAACUGGCGAAAAUCCUAGAGUUUGUGCUGGCCAUGGGAAACUACCUGAACAACGGGCAGCCCAAGACCAGCAAGACGACGGGCUUUAAAAUCAACUUCCUCACUGAGCUGAACACAACCAAGACCGUGGAUGGGAAAUCCACGUUCCUGCACAUUCUUGCCAAAUCACUGAGCCAACACUUCCCAGAACUUCUGGGCUUUGCCAAGGACCUUCCCACAGUGCCGCUCGCUGCCAAAGUGAAUCAGAGGAUGCUGACGGCAGACCUCAGUGACCUCCACACCACCGUCAGUGAGAUAGAGACGGCCUGUCGCAACAUGCCAGCUACUGCCGAGGACCGGUUUGCUGCUGUGAUGAGUUCCUUCCUGGAGAGUGCCCAUCCUGCCAUCCAGGCCCUGGAGGAGCUGCAGCAGAAGUCCAUGGAAGAGUUCAGCAAAGUGCUGUCCUUUUUUGGGGAAGACUCCAAAGCGACGACAUCUGAAGCUUUCUUUGGCAUCUUUGCCGAGUUCAUGAGCAAGUUUGAGCGGGCGCUGGGGGACGUGCAGGUGGGCGAGAGCCAACGCAGUCCCAGGAUGACCUCCCCCCUCGCCUGGUGAUGGGCUGGUGGCGACCCGAGGGACAACGCUUCAUUGCCAACCAAGUGCAAUCGGUUCCCAUGGUGUUGGGCUGUAAAUAGGGGGCAGGAGCCAAGACCAGAACGGUGGCCCCAGGGGGAGGGGCUGAUCUGUGCUAACAGGGACAGUAAAGCAGCACUGCAGGUGAAUCGAGGGCUGGGCACUGGGGCGCACCCAGGGCUGAGCUGCGGCAGAAGCGCUGUGCUAGCCCUCCCUCCACGGUCUCCUUCUUGAGCAGCCACGUCCCCAGUGUGUUCCCUCAUCAGGCAUUCAGGCACAUCAGGCUACCAGAACCCCUCUCUAGCUUUCAUGCUCAGCCUGUCCUGGCAGUCACAAACGCUCCUUGCCCAGGACUUCCACUGCAGGUACACACAGGUCCUUCCUCCCCACCCUGUGCAGCCAGGACCAGGCUCUCUGGCACUGCACCCCACGCCUGGACCGGUGGGCUGAAUGAGAGCAGAGUCAGGCUUGCCCUGCCCUGGGCAGGCUCAGACCCUGCUGGAAUGGGCUUCCCCAGGAACUGCCAGUGGCUCCUGACAAGUCAGGCCAACCCCCUUCUCUGACCCCCCUCUGCACUGCCAGCCCCUUGCACCCCUGCAGUGGCACGCACCCAGUCCUGCGUCAGGCUGAGCCAGCGUGUCAGGGUUCAACCCUUUGGCUUAGGGAGGAUGGAAGGAAAUCAGUUUCCAGAGCUGUGCAUGGCAGAGCUGUUGAGCUCCCGAACACAGAUCCCAUCUGAUUCCAUCUCCCUGCCCUCUCCCAAAAUGCACGUGCUCUUUGCUUAGGCCUGUGCCUGUGACUGGCGGGUCCUGAUGGCUCGCUCGGAAGGUAAUAUCUUCCGCUUCAGCUCCACACAGACUUGCCUGGAAGACACAGUACACUGAGCAUUUUGAUGCCUCCAAGGAAAGUGCAAACCCCUGGGUUGCCUUUCAGCAGCGGAAGAUCUGCCUUGUAGCGUCUGAGACCAGCCAGGGAGUCUAGCAGGAAAUGCAAUGGGUGCUCUACCUUUGAGCUGCUUCCCAAGGUGCUGCAGUCCCCCGGGGAACAUCUGUGACAGAGCCCGCCUGGCCUGUGCACUCCAGACCCACACACACUACUGUCCCCACGGCUUCUGAUUAUUCCAUAUGUAAAUGUAAUUACAUCUGGGAUGUUGCCCUGGGACUAGAGCUCUAUGCCACUCCCAUGGUCAGCGCAUGUGCCUCGGCAGCACAGCUUGCUGCAGUCCUGGCAGCAGUGACCCACCAGUGCGUUAACAUUGCGAGGCAUUACUCUGUGCAAAACACAUUUGUUGCCUUUCCAACAUGACGUGCUCUGACAUCCCACUCCACGAAACGCUCCAGCAGCAGCCCCGGCUUAGGUAACACCCCUCAUCCAAACACCUCUCCUCGCUGAACGCCAGAGCAAAAGUCCCGUUGCAGCGUCCGCCAACAGCACGGACUCACCAACCGGUGCAUUAUUUACAGGAGACCUUAUCAACAUCCAGCCCUUUGUUUUCAGUAUUUUUUUAAAGCCCUGCUGUAGACAGUGAUGUAUACUUCCACCAGUGUUCUCCGUUUAAGUGCCAGGUAGCUUUCAGCAUCAUAUUACCAGAUGCUCAGGCCUGUCUGUCUUUUUCCUUGAUUGACGACGAUAGGGCAAUGUGUACGUAUCUCCUCUGUUCUUCGUUUCAGAUGCUGCAGACUGUGUCCAGCUGAUCUCUCUCUCCUUUUUUUUUUUUUUAAGGACACAUUAAAUAUUUAAACCACUUGA